AUGGAUAAGAAGAUUAUCAUCACAAGGAGGAGAUUAUCACAAUAUUUUUCAACAUCGUCUGGUUUUUCAAACGACGAUAUAAGCGGAAGAAGUUACGUUGAUCCCUGGGACAUGGAAAAUUAUUCGUUCCUUCGUAAACAAUUGGAAGAUGUUAAUAAUAUUUCUCCAGGUUACGAUUCUGGACAAAAUGAUAUUUAUUACGUACCAUUGGAUACGAACGGAUCCCUUCAGUAUAAACGUUUUUAUGGAGGAGAUGUUGUUACCAAAGAGGAUUCGAAUAAUCCGUCAAGACAAUCGGAAAGAUCUAGGUACAACAAUCAGGAUUAUCAUACGUACCUUCCGCCAUCAAUAAUAAAAGACAUAUCGAACGUUUACAUGCCGACGUGUAAAUUAAAAAGGCGAGCAUCCGUUAGUUUUCAUCCGGAUUCUUAUAAUUAUUUAGAAAUCGACACGUUGCCUUACAACAACAGAAAAUAUUCAACGGAAAAAUAUAUAAAAUUUAACGAUGGGAAAACAUCCGGAGACGUGGUUAAAACAAAAUUAAAUCGUCGUAAAUCGUUUCAAGAUGGCGGCGGUGGACAAUGGAAAAAUGAUUCGGAUUUUAAAAUCGUUAAAAUCGAACGUAGGAAAUCUAUGAUAAAUACAUCACCCUAUAUCGAUAAAUUAAAACCGGAAAUGACGUUGACGACGGAAGUCAUACCCGAACAGGAAACGGAUGAAACGGUUAAUUUUAGAAAAUCUAUGAGUAAUUUAUCCGUUGACGUACCGAAAAAACCAAUAAGAAAGACUGAAAAAGGUAUUUUACUUAAUCCGGAUAAUAAAUGUAACAGGGUCGGAUUAAACGUGUCAUUUAAUAACGAAGUCCUCCUUCAAUCCUCUUCGGAUUCUCUAUCCCGAUCUUCUUCCCUUGUUUACGUUUACGAAAAUCCUGGGAAAAGGGAAAAAAUGUUUUUACCGGAAAUAACGACGAAUAUUUAUGGGAAAAAUAAUUACAGGAAUAACAGAUCGGAAAUUCAAGAUGGUUUUACAAUGGAUCCAAUCGAACAAUGUUUAAACAAUGGGCCAACAGGUAGAUAUACUAUGACUAAUUAUGGACAUCUUAAAAUUGAUUAUAGUUGCAGUUGGAAUUAUUUAGAUCAAGUUAUCACACAACGUCUUUAA